AUGUCUGUUAUGCAGUACGCCAAAGCCAACCGGAAGCUCUUCGAGUUCUUUAAUCCAACCGCGCCUGCGAUGAGUUUUAAAGUGCUGACGUUGUACAACGAUUUCUGUUGGACAUGCGAACGAGAAUAUCGCGUAAUCAACCCACCGCUUCCGCUCCUGAAGUUGCCUGUGGAGCUUAUCAACAAAGUCAGUAGCUAUCUUCCGCUCUCGGGCCAUCACAAGCUUUCCAUGGUGUGCAAAGCUCUGCGAGCAGACUUACGUGCGCCGUGGAAGCUGAUUUGUGACAAGCAGAAAAAGGAGGACGAUGAGGCAGCUGAAAUGCAAAUUUGGAAAAAGAAUUAG